AUGUAUAAAGUAUAUCAACAUUUUCUUCUUCUUUUUUGUUUUUUAUUCACUUUAACCAAUUCUUCGACAAGUUUUUCAUGCAUUAAGAAUACACCUUGUCAAUGUCUUUUAGCGAAACAUUCAUUUACAAUUAUAAAUUGUUCAUAUUCAUUACCAGAUUUACCUAUACUUAAUUCAAAUAUCUCAAGAAAUAUAACAAAGAUUACUGCACAAAAUGCUUUAAGUCAUUGGCCAUUACAAUUAUGUAAAUAUUUAAAUAUUCAAACACUUGAUUUAAGUGGCUCACAUUUUAAAUUUCAAACAAUUGAUUUCUUAUGUUUAUCGAAAUUAAUUUCUUUAAAUUUAAGUCAUAGUCAAAUUGAAAAAAUUCCAAAUUUUCUUCAAAUACCUUUAAAAUAUUUACAAAUACUUGAUUUAUCAAAUAAUCAAAUCGAAAUUCUUAAUGGUAGUCUUUUUCGUUUAUUAAAUAAUUUACAAAUAUUAUAUCUACAGAACAAUCCAUUGAAACAAAUUGAUUAUUUUGGACAUAUACUUAGUUUAUCAAAUUUAAAAUUUAUGAAUUUAAUAUCGUCUAGUAUAAAUGUAACUAUGAAAAAAUCAUUAACAACAAAUGAAUGGAUUUAUCUUGCACAUAAAUGGAAAAAUUCAAAUAAAUCAUUAACUAUUCAUACAAAUAUUAUCUCAUUACAAUCAAUAUUUCCAAAACCUGAUCAAUUUCAGCUGAUUCCAUUAGAUUCAAUGAAAAUUAUUUUUCGAAUCUUAUCAAAUUCAAUAUUUCGAAAUAUAAAUUCAAUAUCAAAAUGUAAUUGUAUUCAACUUCGAAAUUAUCAACGUGUAUUUUCAUUUAGUAAUAAUAAUCCUAAUCUAUCAUUAUUAUAUCAAUCAUCAACUUGUUCAAUGCCAAAUGGAAUACUUCAUGAAGACUUAUUAAUCAAAAUUCAUGUUCAUUACUAA